UUAAAUAAAUAAAUAAAUUUAUAUGGUAGUCAACAUUUCAAUAUUACCGCUGUUGUCAGUAAUUUUAUUAAAUUUAUUUCAUUUUACUGCUCUUUAUUCAGUUCCCGGAACGAUCCGGUUCCAGUUCUUUUCUUUUCUGGCAUUACGAACUUGCCCAACUCUGGCCACACCGUUUCCAACCUUCCCGCGCGACGCGUUUAUUUUUUUUUAUUUUAUCAGCAUUUCACUGACUUCACAUUUAAUGUAAUAUAAACAUCCCUGAAUAAUGGCGGCUUUGAGCAAUUUGAAGGAGUGUCCGCCAUUGUCCAUGAUCUCGGACCUGGCACUGCGGCAAGCCCACUCACCGGAGCUCCAGCGCUAUCCGCAGAUAAGACUAAGCAGUGAACUCAUGGCUUCUCACACGGCUGCCGGUCAGCGUUUUUACGGCGGCCAGAGCUUCCUGCCCGUGGAGGAGGGCGUGCUUAAGAGGAUUACGCGGAUAUUCUUCGAUGCCGGCUUCUGGGAGUCCCUGGAGGAGGCACGUAGCGCCAAGACCAGGGAACAGGCACCAGUGAUUGCCCAGGCGGGCGAUUACAUUGCCCAAAUCUUGAGUAUGGUCAACACACUAAAGCUGAAGAUCUUUCCGCACACCCAAGGGCUCGGUGCGGAGCGGAUUGCCCAAUUUGUGGAGACGGGGGAUUGGCUGAACAGCAAUGUUCGCUGUCUGGCCUGGCACUUGCACAUUUUCAAGCUGGCCGUAGCCGGUUUGGAUGAUGUGGUGCGCAUUUACACCAAGGACUCGAGCGCAGCCGCUGCAGCGGUCUUGAAGAGUCCCGUUCAAACGGAGAUCACGUGCAUGGCCUGGCGACCGCUGUGCGCUGCACAGAUUGUGAUUGGCUGCCGGCAGGGUCUUUGCUUCUGGAAGGUGGAAACCUCCAUGCACCUGGGACGCUCGAAUGCACCAAGCCAUAUUUUUAGGCAUCCCUCGAACUUGCCGAUUACCUCGUUGCAGUGGAACAAGGAUGGCACCCAGCUAGCCACCACCUCCAUUGGAGAUCGUUCCAUCAUCAUUUGGCAGCCAGACAGUGCGCUGAUGCAACCCCUCAAGCGUCUGGGUCCGCCGUGUUCGCUGCUCAAGUGGUCGCCGGAUAACGACUGGCUCUUUUCGGCCACCGUGGAUCGUGUGUUUCGCGUGUGGAACUGCCACAAUCGUUGGACUACCGAGCGUUGGGUGUGCGGCAACGGAGGCUAUGUGCAGACAGCCUGCUGGUCGCCCUGCGGUCGCUUUCUGCUCUUCGUCAGCAGCACCGAACCGAUCCUGUAUCGCCUGCAGUUCGUGCAGCAUACUCUGCUCAGUUCGUAUUCCGAUGAGAAGGAGGUUCUGCCCAUUGCUGAUCUUAAUGCUUGCACUACUUGCAUCGAUCCGAACAGCCCCCUGAUCGGCGGCCAUGCCCAGCAGAUGGCCUGGGAUCCGCAUGGCAAUUAUCUGGUGAUCACGUUCAAGUCCACCAACAGCAUUGCCGUUUUUCGCACCUUCAUUCAAAAGUUCGAUCUAAACAUCUCAGCGGCGUAUUCCCUGAGCGGCGAGACAGCGGCAGAACGUCCGAGCUUCAUCUGCUUCCAGCCGCUGUACAAGGAGAACGAUAGAUCUGUGCUGACCAUUGCCUGGUCGUCCGGUCGCAUCCAGUACCAUGCCUUUGAUUGAAUCUUACGGCUUUAGUUUUUGGUUUAGUAUUUCUAUAUUUGGUUUUUGUAAGCGUUAAUAAUACAAUACAAUGUAACAAACACACGUGGGAAACCCAUCAAUUUAAAGUCCAAAGGGGUUGAGGGAUGUUAUGUGGCCUGGUAAUUGACUCUCAGAUUCGAGCUAAGAACUUUGUUUAGAUUUCAUUUGGUCCGGUCUUACGUCCUCUGCUUAUUUCGUUCUUUUGCCACAUUAGGUUUUUGGAUACAACAAAGCGUUUUACAACCCUAAGACAGUUUUUAUGUUUAAAUAUAUUUGCAAAAGCAGCCAAGUAUUCAUUAUUAUAAGCUUAAAGUUGGGUAAACGUUUCAAAUUCCUUUAAUAUUAUGUCUGCAAACUCUCUCAAAGGUACAGUCAGAAAGUAUUUGAAGCAUAGAGGUACAGUGCUGCAUAAACCAUUAGAAUAUAAAAAAUAUACAAUGCAGUUCUUUAAAUAGUAUUUUAAAGA